UUUACUGCACAGGCUCAGAGACCAUAUGCCUGGAGGGGGUGGCUACAUUGUGUCUAUUGUAUGGGGUUUUCUUUCCUGGCAUUUGCACAUUUAACAGGAGGUUUAAAUUGGGAGUGAAAAGCAUGGCUGAUGAGCAAGAAAUCAUGUGCAAACUGGAGAGCAUCAAAGAGAUCAGGAAUAAAACUUUGCAGAUGGAAAAGAUCAAGGCACGUCUCAAGGCAGAGUUUGAAGCCCUGGAAUCAGAGGAGAGGCAUUUGAAGGAAUACAAGCAGGAGAUGGACCUUCUGCUGCAGGAGAAAAUGGCCCACGUGGAGGAGUUGAGGCUGAUCCAUGCUGAUAUCAAUGUGAUGGAGAACACCAUCAAGCAGUCUGAGAAUGACCUCAACAAGCUCUUGGAAUCCACUCGACGCCUGCACGAAGAGUACAAGCCCCUGAAAGAGCAUGUUGAUGCUUUGCGGAUGACUCUAGGCUUGCAGAGGCUGCCAGAUCUCUGUGAGGAGGAAGAAAAACUCUCCCUUGAUUACUUUGAGAAGCAGAAAGCCGAAUGGCAGACAGAACCACAGGAACCUCCCAUCCCAGAAUCGCUGGCAGCAGCUGCAGCUGCUGCCCAACAGCUACAAGUGGCGAGGAAGCAAGAUACCAGACAGACGGCAACUUUCAGACAACAGCCACCUCCGAUGAAGGCCUGUUUAUCCUGCCACCAACAAAUUCAUCGGAAUGCACCCAUAUGCCCGCUCUGCAAAGCAAAGAGCCGGUCUCGGAAUCCAAAAAAACCCAAGAGGAAACAGGAUGAAUGAGACAUAGGAGACCAUGGAGCAAACAUAUGACCCAUCCCAAACCCUUUCCAGUAGAACUGUAAACGUGGCCAGAAUUUAUCAAAGUGCAGACUCAAGUAUGAUCUAUCCAUUGUUUUCUAUUUAAUGUGAUGUAAGCACAAUGUUUCUGUUAUGUCUGAAUUUCCUUCCAGUCCUCGAGUUUUGGUUUUAGGAAGAGACGUGUUGAUGGUGCUACACUUUCACGUUUCAGUCAUUCCGUCUUUCUGACUGCUAAGCAGAGUGGAACUUCUAAAGCAAGUAGUUUAAAUGCCAGUGGGCACUUCAUAAAUCUGAUUGUCGAAAAGGAGAGAUGAUCCUUACCAUGAAGAUCCAUUUAAGAAUACAUGUUUUAUAGUUAAUUACUACAGACGUGAGUUACUUCUACUGUACCUGCCAAAAUGUCCCUGGGUUUUUCCCUCUCUGCACUGUUUACCACUAUAGUAUCUGACUAAAAAGCAGGAAUUGGCCAUAAUACCAGAACAUUCUUAAUGAUCCAGUGUUACUGCAGUUAAUUUUAUGUCUGCUUUUUUAAAAAAGUUACUCUAAUUUUCUCCUCCUAAGGAAAUGCCACUUGAAGAAUAGAAGUGCUUGAGUAUCCAUUUGCUGUGCUAAAGAACUAUAUCUUAAUCUAACCAGCAAGAUUGCACAUGGCUAAGUGUAGACCAGAGCUCAUUUUAUCAAGAGGCUUUAAGUAUAUGAGAGAAAACAAGGAUUUAGACAGAUGAGAGAUCAACACGUGCAGUUGGGGUUCAGAUUAAUGUGGUCUGAUUGUCGUAUCCCCACAGACCAAGCGUAAAAUCUAGGGAGAGAACCACAUCAUAGCAGUCCAAUGAAUUGCUGAGAAUAACACAGGUUCAUUACAUUUAGCAUCUUAGCAUGGCCAUUUUUCAGCACUCAUAUGACUGACUUCAAUUAAGUAGUAAGGCUGAAGUCAGAAGUAUUUGUGAAUUGCCAAUGCUCUGUAGCCCAGGAACUGAACCUGAUUCUUCAGAGAAAACUCUCAAAGAUCCCUCAUCUCUAACAUCCAUUGACUGUAACAUUAACUCUUCUGUGUGUCUUUGUCCCUCUUGCUUGUAUGGAUCAAAAAUCAGCCUUUGAAUACAGGCAGGCCCAAUGCCCAGUGAAGUCAUGGGGAAUUUCACUAGUAUGCUUUUCAGUGGCUGCAUCUGCAUAAGACGCUUACUGCACAGUAGCUCAGUACUACUGCACAGUAGCAUCACAUGGCACAGAACGUGACAUGAUGCUACAGCACAAUAGUAACGAGCUACUGCACAUUCAGCAGCACCAGGAAGCCG